UAUAAACUAUAAAUUGCUCCACGAGGAAUGUACGUGGGCACCGUGCCGUCCUAGCCCGUAUAAACUAUAAAUUGCUCCACGAGGAAUGUACGUGGGCACCGUGCCGCCCACGGGCUAGGACGGCACGGUUAGAGCACGGCACAAGCACGGGCACGAAAUAAAUGGGUCGGCCCGGCACGAGUACGGAUAAUUUAUGGGCCUUGUCGGGUUUAAACUUUAUGGGUACGGGCACGGCACGGUAUAUAAGUGGGUCGUGUCAGGCAUAAUAUUUUUGAGACUUUAUUGAGUAUAAGAACGGACAUGGCACGGAAAUAAUAUUUAUUUGAUAGAAAAUAAAUAUAAAAAAAUAUAGGUUCAAAUAUUACAAAACACAAGUAGAAAAAUAAUUAUUUGUUGUUGUUAGAACUUAGAAGUGUCAUAAAGAUAUAUACGUAAUUACUAACAUAAGUAAAAAUGGACAAAGAAUUAAACAAAGCCAAAUCACACUCGCUAUACUUUCAAUUUUUACCCUCUUAUUUGUUACUUUCAAUUUUUACCCUCUUAUUUUUUACUAACAUAAGUAAAAAUGGACAAAGAAUUAAACAAAGCCAAAUCACACUCGCUAUCUUCCCCCGUCCAAUUUUCACCUUCUUUUUCAUUCUCUCUUUUGUUUUCGUCAUUUUUAUUAAACACGAAUACGAGCAUGACACGAGCAUGAAUAGGCACGACAGGAUUCGAACCGUGCCGUGCCCGGGCAUGGGCAGGGCCUAGCAAAGUUAACAAAUGAGCUUGCAUAGCACAACACGAAAAAUGACGGGCCAUGCCAAACACGGCACGAAAUAAAUUAGCCCGAAGCGUACCCGUGCCAUGCCGGCCCAAGCACGGCCCAGCACCCAUGUACAAUAAGGAACAAGUCAACAAUCUCGAGAAUCACCUCAUGACAGAACCCACCGUCACUCCCAACCAUGGUAUUAACCUCGAGUUAAAGAGUUGAAUCGAGUUCAACGGGAACCUCCCUCCCUAAUCGGCUUCCAUUCAUGCAGCCUGCCCUAAAUUCUUACAUAACUAAAUUUGGACCUUUUUUUGGCCCAGAUAUUGACAAUUAAAGACAUUUUAUUUUUUUUUAAUUUUCUUAAUCAGCUCUUAUCUUCUUCGUUCUAACUCGAAUUUCAAUAUUUUUUGCACAUAUUGAACGAGUUCGUUGUGCUCUACAAAAUCAUAUUCAUUUUCAAUAUUUUUUGAAAAAAUAAAUUCAUACCUCACGUUACCAAUUCUAUACUAUAUGAUAUCUCCUUAGUUUUUAAGUCGUUCUUGAAAAAUUUUGCACAGAAGAAACGAGUUCAUCAUGAUCUAUUGGAUGUAAAAAUUUCUUGAUGAAAAAAUACGAGACCAAAAAAUAUCACACUAUACCACUGAUCUGGGCCUAAUUGCACAUGUUUUGGGGGUUUUACUUAGAUGUUUGUGCCAAAUUCACUCCUAAAAGGUUAGUUUUACGCUAGGUUCCUCGUGUUUGAGUGUGUUUCAAGAUUUAACAGGUGAAACCAGCCUCGGAGUCGAAAGUUGGGCGAAAUGGAUCGAAAACCGAGAAAAAAUGUGAAAAAGGGCCAGUUCACGGUUAACCAAGGAAGUUCAUGGUCUUGCAUGACCGUGAAGAAUGGCACUUGACCAUGAAUCUCGGGGCGUCCAGAACCAAAGUGAAUGUUACUGACGCAAGGUGAGUUCACGGUCACUAAGACCGUGAACAAAGGCUGUUGGCCGUGAACAGAAGAGAUCGGCGCGGUGCGUUUUGGCGCACGCCAGCAGUUCACUGACGCGUUUCUUGGUUCACGGCCAUGAACUCAGGCCGUGAACUCAGCUCGUCUCUGGUUUAAAGAGGGGAGAGCCCAUUUUGUGUGAGAAGCCUUCUUCAACAUUCUAGAGAGAGAAACACGAACCAAAGGGAGAAGAAGGCUAGGGUUUAGUUUCAAGGCAGAUUUUGGGAAGAUUUGCUCCAAGGAAAGCUCAACUCAAGGGCCAAGAAGACUGGGAGCAUUCUCCAAGAUGAUUUCCAUCUCUUUCCCUUUUGUUUUUCCCACUUCUAGCAUGGAGUAGACCUCCUUUCACUUGGGUGUUGUGAAAACCUAACUCUACCAUGUAGUUUUCUUUUAUGUGUAUUGGAUGAUUGUCAUGGGGUAUUGUUCAAUUCAAUGAUUGAGGCAUUAUUCAUCAUGAUUGUGCAUUCUUGUGCUUAGCAACUUAGGGGUUGUGCAUGUUUUGUGCUUAGCAUCCUUAAGUUUGUGCAUCUAGGUGCUUAGCAACCUAAGGAUUGUGCAUAAUUGUGCUUAGCACCCUUAGGUUUGUGCAUGUAGGUGCUAGCAAUCUAAUUAUCCACCUUAGCCUAGCUUAGAGAGGAAAAUCCCCCUUCCAAGGGAGACACAAUGAUUUGGUUUUCUAUCCGCUUUCUAAGCCACCUAAACUAUGUUAAGUUAGGGAAAUCCUCAAUAUUGAGAUAAGCAAGUCGGUUAAUCACGAUUAAGUCGUCCGACCUUAGAGUUGAGUGAGGGAGUAAGUCAACUACCGAUUGUCUAAACCGAGAGGGUCGAGUGACACGGCCUUUCAUGCUUACCUGCUCGGUUUAGCAAUUGAGAUUGUGGUCUCCGACCACAUAUGCAUCCCUCUGCGGUUCGCGGUUAUCGUGCCCAAAGCAAUCGCUCCAAUCCACGUAGCAUGGUAGCAGUUAGGGGGAAGCGACACCCGAGUGAUCUUUCCACAAAAGAGUUAUCAAAACCAUUUACCUUUGCUUUCUUUCAUUUCAAUUAGCAAACCUUUAAACCAAACCUUUGUCGCUAGAUAAUGAUGUCAACAACUGAAGUAGGGGUAGACGGACUGGCCCGGGUCGAUAUCUAAAUACUUGCCCUAUACUGCACCCGACUAGAGUUUAAAAACUUGGCCUCUAGUUGGGAUUUUAUUGUGGUGUAGUUUCGUGCGAGUCAACCACCCUGGUACGGAGGUGGUAUCUUGUGGUACACAAUGUUCAAAGUCGUAAAUGACAGGUAGUGUCAAGGUUCUAAAACAUAUAUCUUUUUAUGAUCUUUAGUAGUUUCUUGUUGCCUUUUCUUAGAGAAUUAAUAAAGCUGCCUAUUGCAUGACCAAAAUAGCUCUUUUUCGGCAUGUCGAUUACUAAUGAAUGUCGCAUUUAAGGGGUGGUUUGGAAGUUGUGUAUGUUAAAUCAUGGUAUUGUGAAGAAUCAUUGCAAUAUAUAAUACAUGUAUUGAUACAAUCGUUGCAUUUAACAUUAGAUUUUUUGGUUGUUUAGUUUAUAGAUUAGUGAUUAACUUACAUAAAGUAACUUUUUGGUGAAAAUAUCACAUUUACCCUUUAUUUUAACAUACAACAUAUAACUCUUUUCCUCCUUUACUAAGGAUAUAAAUGGAAAUAAAAAAAAGAGAUAUAAACCUAAAAGUAACAAUCUCAACUUUUAGUUGAGAUUGUAUAAUACCUCAUUUUUUGUGAUUGUAAAUGGGAGCCACACAAAAUAAUACAUGCAUUGUUUUGCACUUUGACAAUUCCAAACGUUGUAUUGUUGACAAUUCUUGUAUUCUAUAAAUACAACACUCACAAUCGUAACUUUUAAACCACCCUUACGUUUCUUGAAAAAACAAGUUAAAAUCUGGUAGUAAGUAUGCUUCGGUCCAGCUAAGUUUCGGUAGGCUUUUCAGCCCAAAGACAAAAGAAGCCCGCCAUCCAUGAUCCAUCGGGUUUAUAUUAGCUUAGCUAUAAAACUGCAGCUACUACCCUCCUAACCCUAAACAUCGGAGGAAAUCUCGCGCCGACGGACCAGCGAGCUGCCCGAAUUCUUCCCAUUUUCCACAAGUCUGAAGCCAUGGCCGACGUUGAAGCCGAUGUUGCCGUUCCAGAACAGCCUAAGAAGAGGACGUUCAAGAAGUUCAGUUUCAGGGGAGUUGAUUUGGAUGCUCUCUUGGAUAUGUCCACUGAUGACCUCGUCAAGCUCUUUACAGCUCGUGCUCGAAGAAGGUUCCAGCGAGGUUUGACUAGGAAACCAAUGGCCCUCAUUAAGAAGCUCCGAAAAGCGAAACGGGAGGCUCCAGCUGGUGAGAAACCUGAGCCAGUUAGGACUCACCUGCGCAACAUGAUCAUAGUCCCAGAGAUGAUCGGUAGCAUUAUUGGUGUGUACAAUGGCAAGACUUUCAACCAAGUGGAGAUCAAGCCUGAGAUGAUUGGCCAUUAUCUAGCCGAGUUCUCAAUCAGUUACAAGCCUGUGAAGCAUGGAAGACCUGGAAUUGGUGCUACUCACUCUUCCAGGUUUAUUCCUCUCAAGUGAAGUUCUUCGUCGGCAGCGGAGAUGGUGUUUCUGUUUCUUGGAUCUAGAUUUACAUUUACUCCUUCCGUGAUAAUAUUUUGUUCGUUUCGCUGGCGUAUGCUACUCUAAAUAUUUGAUUAUUAGCCCGAAGGAUCCUUGCUCUUUAGGGGGUUUUCACUUCCUGAAUUUAAAAAUGAGGGUUUUGUAAUUUAAAGGUUUGGGAUUUAGGGGUCGUUUGCUUCAAGGAUUUGCAUUAUGGAUUUGGUUCCAAAAAAUCAACCAUCAUGGAUUUACACAAUUUUUAGUUUGCUUUGUCAAAAAAUAUUUAGAUAAAUCUGUGGGCCCCAUGGUUUUAUAAAUCCCAUCUCAUACACUGGGUUUUGGAGACAAGCUGAAAAACCAUCAAAUCCAUGAUAAAAAUAGCUCAACAAACAAAGGAUUUCCUCAAAUCUAUAAUGCCCAAAAUUCCUAAUAAAUCUCAAGGUUUUUAAUUAGCAAAUCCAUGACAAAACCCUCGUUAUAAAGUCCUUGAAGCAAACGACCCCUUAGAAUUUAAAGUCCAAAAUUACAAUACGUACUAAGAAGGAUAAUGUUGUCACAAUGACAAUAAUAAUAAUCGAAAAAAUUUUGUUUUAAAGGAAACUAGAACUCAAGAAAUGGUAUAAAAACAUAUAUUAGAAUCGGUGAACAGAAAAUUCUAAUUCAUGUUUGCACAUUAAUAGAAUAUUUAUACUAUUUUUUUGUUGUUAAUUAAUUGAUUAUUUAUAAUAUAUAAUAAGUAAAUGUAAGGGCAAAUUUGAAAAUUUAAGAGUUCACGAGUGUAUAUGGGUAAAAUCUCAUCAUGGAUUUAUGGCAUGUUACAAAUCUCACAUCAAUAUGUGCGAUUUACAAGUUCGUGGGGUCCAUGGAUUUGGUCCCUUAAAAUCCACGGGCCCCACGAAUUUGGUCCCUAAGGGUUGUUUGCUUGAUGGAUUUGGAUCUAUCAUGGAUUUUGUCCAAAAUUCAUUGUUUGUUUUAUGUUUAUGUAUUUAGGGGCAACAAAUCUGUGAGUCACACGAAAGUUAAGGAUCAAAAUCUGUGGACCACACGGAUUUGAAAGUUUCACCUCUUUAGGUACAAAUUGAUCAUGGACUUUGAAGUAAUGAUGGCAAUUUGAACCCACCCCACGGGUAUUACCCGACCUAAGCCGCGAUGGGGCGGGUAUUACCCGACCCGCAGUAGUGUGGGGCGGGACAUGUAUAUCUACUUCCGACCUGUCUUACCUCGCCCCAUUCUUGGCCCAUUUACAUCAAUUUCUUACUAUUUGAAGAUAGACUUGGCCAAAGCUUAUGAACAUCUUAGCUGGCAGUUGAUCCAGGAAACUCUCAAUGAAGCUGGGUUUCCUAUUGCACUAGUGCAUGUAAUUAUAGGGCGUGUCUUGUCUCUGAGAAUGCAGGUACUCUAGAACGACGAGGCACUAAGGAGUUCUGGCCUCGCAGGCACUGAAUUUUUCUUCUAUUUUACAUAAUCUCAUAGCCGUAAUUGUAGAUCCUUGAUAUUGGUAGAACUUAAAUUGUGUCUUGAUAUUCAUUUUAAUAACAACUAGUUCUCUGACCCGCGCUUCGCAGCGGUAAGAAACUAAUAAUAAAAUGAAGUUACGGAUAACUCUCACAUUUUAUUAAACUAUUAUGUAAAAUCAAUUUAAUUUAAGAAACCUUUGCAUCAUACAUAUAGAUGAGAUAGUGAAUGUUGUAGGUAAUAAUGAAGGAAUUUUAUUUAGUAAUAUAAGUAAAUUAAGUUACGAAAAGUAUCACACUAACUGACCUUACGAAACCUUUGUGUAAUGCAAAUUGUUGAGAUGGCCAACAAUUGAGUUAAAAUGUAGAAAUUUCAUUCAAAUUUAUAUAAAACGAAAGACUUACAUAUUAGAUAGAUAACAAAUUAUGACCCUCGAUAAGCUUUAUAUUGUUUCUUUACUAUUACGAAAGUCUUAUGUAAUAUGUUCUACUUAAUUGAUACAUAAGGAAUAAUUAUCUUUUGUAAGCUUUAUCUAACAUAUUUGUUAUAUAAAUAUUUUGCAAUGUAUGAUCUAAUAAUAAAAUCAAGUAGGGAACGCAUUACACUUAAUUAAACCACUAUGUUAACGUAAACUUACAUUACAGAGCUUUUCCAUAAUAAUAAUUGAUGAGAUGAUGAAAAUUGUAGUUAAUAAUAAGUUUUACAUAAAAAAAUUUAAUUACUGAACUUUUCAUAAUGUGAAUUAAAAAAGUGCAUACAUAGUUUAUUAUAGGGGAGAAAUAGCUAAUAGUGAAAUAGGGCGAUGGAGAUGAAAAAAAAAAUUACCGAAAUAGCUGAUUAUAUGAGAGAAAGUAUUUAUGAUAAAAUGGGCAUAUGAAUAAAAAUUAAACUUAUCUUACGGAACUUUUGUAUAAUGUAAAUUUGAUGAAAUUGCGAAUAUUUCAGGUAACCGUAAAGGAAAUUUAGCUAAUUAAAAAAUUAAAUAAUGUAUUUGUAAUACAUAAAUAUUUUCUCUAUAUAGAAUGAAAAAAAGUAUAUAGAAGUUUGCCUAUGACACCUGAAAACGUAAUAUAUAUUAAUCUUUCAUAAUUUGGAAUGAAAAUGUACAUGAAAGCAUAAUAUGUUCGUGAUAAUUUAUUUUAUAUUUGUAGUCUUCCAAUCUCAUUCAUUAACUAAACUACCCAAGGAUAACUUGCUCCAUUGUAUGCCACGUGGCUCCCGUAAUGACACUUGGAAAGAUAGCAAUACCACAUAGCUCCUAUAUGGCUAUAUGUAUAUAACUUCCAUUCUCAAUAUCCGAAUGAAUUUAUUCUGUUAGACUCACAAACCUCUAUUAUAAAUCCAUUGAGCGAAUUGGAUCUCUUUUGCAGAAAAGAAGAGAAUAGGUGAGCGCUCCCUCUCAUCUCAAUCACGAAUAAAAGAUAUAUAAUAGAUGAGUUGCCCUAAAAAAAAAACAAUGGCGGGGAGGUGUUAAGUAAUUGCAUGCAGUAUAAUCCAAAAUCAGCAUCUCAUCUAAUUCUUCUCUUGCUAAAAUGGAGAUAGGGUUGUGGAAGAAGGGUAUAUUGAUGGCUGUUUUGGUGCAUGUGCUAUUGUUGGGAAGGGAGAAGAAAGGUACGAACAAACAUGAAAGAUGCUCGGGUAGCCGCUAGAGAUUUACACGCGGUAUAGUAAGAUUGGCCGCAGGGAAUUAAGAAAAUUAGUGUUAAUGAACAGUAACCCUUUAUUAAUAAAAGGUCCGCUUUUUUCGAGGGCACUAUUUCUGCUAUAUCUAAGCCAAAUAAACAAUGGAAGCAUCUUCACUAAUCGAAGAUCUACUCACCACAAACAAAUACUGAAUCUGCCAACUUCACCGCCACCGAUCGCCAUAAUCCCCUUCUUCUUCUUCUUCUUACUCUGCUUUGCCGCCAAGGUACCUGAAUUUAGCAGAAACCUGGCUUCUAACCCGACGCUACCACAGAUUGGUGCAGAAUAAGUAUAUUGGUUGGGUGAUGUGUUCGACAACUUGUCCGACUGGAAGAAGUCAUGAGGGAAACGAUAGUCAGGUGGAAAUUAAUUAGUAGAAGCUUGCACCUUCAUUCUUAUUAGAAUCUCCUCCGCCAUGCACGCACCCAAAAAAAAUUAAAGAAUUAAGUUUAGC